UAUUCAGGCGACUCGCACUCCUCCCCAGGCAUGGUCGAGUUCCAGAACCUCAUCAAAUCAGUCCACCCUGGGAUCUUCAUCCACUCCGUCUACAUUGACCCCGACCUCAAGGAGGACCAACGUGCCAGCUUUUACGGGAACGUCGACGAGCAAGUCGAGCUCGUGGCGGACCAGCUCGCCAACGUCACCGAGCUUGAGAACGGCUUCGACGCCCUUGGCUUCUCCCAAGGCGAGUCGCGUGGACAAUUCCUUCGUGCUUAUGUCGAGAGGCACAACGCGCCCCCCGUGCGCAACCUCAUCACAUUCGGCUCUCAACACAUGGGGAUCUCGGAUAUCCCGCUCUGCCGCCCGCUUGACUUGCUCUGCCUGGCGGCUCGCGCCGCGGCGCGCAGAGGCGUGUAUGGAGAAUGGGCUCAAGAGCACCUCGUUCAGGCCCAAUACUUCCGCGAUCCCACACAGCUCCCCCGCUACCUCUCCAGUAACCGCUUCCUCACCUCGCUCAACAACGAGCUCCCGGCCACGCGCGAGCCCGACUACGCACGCCGCCUCGCCGAACUCGACACGUUCGUGAUGGUGCUAUUCGAGAAGGACCGGACGGUGGUGCCGAAGGAGAGUGCAUGGUUCGGAUCGUACGCUGUCCCGGAGCCCGACGAGGAGUCGAUCGUGGGGGGGAUGAACGCGGAGCGGGAGGAGAAGAAGGUGGUCUCGAUGCGCGAGCAGCCACUGUACACAGAAGACUGGAUCGGUCUUAGGACGCUCGACGAGCAGGGUAAAGUCGUGUUUGCGACUUGUGCGGGGGAGCAUAUGCAGGUUGACAGAGCAUGCUGGGAGCCGAUCGUCAGGGCGUAUGUUGGGGCGCCGCUGGUUGGGGCGUAG